AUGCCUCCACCGCCAUCACCUCUUUGCCCGGCCACGGCAACCAUAACUGAAGCCGGAAUCAAAGGUAUCGAGAUCUGCUGGAGCAACCUUUACCAUCACGCAAUAUCACUAUCAUCACCACAGUCGGAAGACGUGGACCACAGUCAGCUCCUGGAUGCCGCGAAAGACAUCAAACGCCAAUGCGAUGAUCUAGCUCUUACCGUCAUCGUCCUCCAACCAUUCGGCCACUACGAAGGACAGCUGGACGACGAGAAACACAAGCAAACGGUGGCGAGGUUCGAGCAAUGGCUGGAGCUCGUCAAGGCUUUAGGCUGCGACGUCAUCCAGAUCCCCAGCAAUCUGAACAAGGAAGGGACUACAGGCGAUAUGGACAAGAUUGUCGCAGACCUGGUCGAGGUAGCAGAUCUGGCAGCCAAGCAAGACCCUCCGGUAAAGCUAGCCUACGAGGCGAUAUCAUGGGGCGCACAUGUGGAUCUGUGGGAGCAGAGCUGGCACGUUGUGCAACGAGUUGAUCGGCCGAACUUUGGAUUGUGUCUUGAUACAUACCAUAUAGCAGGGCGAGUAUGGGCGGAUCCCGCUUCCGAGACUGGAAUCAUGCCACGGGCGAAGGAGGAUAUGGUUGAAUCGCUCCUCCGGCUGGUGAAGGAUGUCGAUGUCAAGAAGGUGUUCUACGUACAGCUGUCGGAUGCUGAGAAGUUGGAGAAGCCGCUCGUGGAAGGACAUGAGUUUUAUGACGCUGAUCAGCCGGCGAGGAUGAGCUGGUCGAGAAAUGCGAGACUGUUUCCUUGCGAGGAGGUUUUGGGCGGGUUUUUGCCUGUUCUCUCGGUCACGGAGGCGAUUGUAAACGAGCUUGGGUAUCGAGGGUGGAUUAGUAUGGAGAUAUUCUCGCGGCAUCUUGCUGAGCGGAGUGAGUCUGUGCCGAAGGAAUUUGCUACGAGAGCUAUGAGGUCGUAUCGGAAAGUGAGCGAGUCUUUGGCAUGGGACAGUCUUAAGUAG